AUGGGUUGGCAGAUGGCGGCUAUCAAGUAUGAGAAAGAUCGGGCCGCAAACACUCUCCUUCCUAACUAUAACACCUACGGAAAGUACGACAUUCCGUCCUACUACGAGUCCUACUGGCAAAGCCCCGAGGAGCGUUACUAUACAGGUCUCUUCGUCAUCCAGAUUCUAUGUCUCAUUGCGGCGUUUUUCCUAUUGUUCGCAUCUGUGGCACUCAUCUACGGAGUCCAUACGUGGUCGCGGCACCUGAUUUGGCCAUGGUUCAUCUGUAUCGUCUCGUCGAUCCUCACCUCCUUGGCCUACUGUAUCAUGUGGUGGGCAGGGGAUGCGCGGGACUACUGGAUGGCUCUUACUAUUCUUGAAAUUAUCGGCGGUAUUGCGUAG